AUGACCGAUCGCCAUGUUUGUCACUUGCUUUCCUUCCUACUUUCUUCUUCUGAAUAUUUCAUUACUGUUUUUAUCUAUUUUUAUUUUGUUUAUAUCAUAGUUUCUUUCAUUCUUUCUUUUUUUUCUCUCACCUAUUUGCUUGCUAUUUUUUCUUUCAUAGUGUCUUUCAUUUUAUCCAUUUCUUUGUUUUAUAUCUCAUUCCAUUUACUGUGUAUCUGUGGUUUUCAUUCUUUUUGUCCGUUCAUUUUUUUUCUCUCUUUUUUCUUCUUUCCACGCAUAUUUGGAAUUCCUUUUUUCAUAGUUAUUUGCAUUUUCUCUUUUUUUUAUUUUUCAUUUUCGUUUUAUCUUUCUUAUUUCAACACAUUUAUCUGUUCCCAUUUUUCUUUUAGUCCUCCUUUUUUUCAAUUUUUUUGGUUUCCAUCAUUCUUUUGUAUUUCACCACUAUCUUUCUUUCUUUCUUUCUUUCUUUCUUUCUUUCUUUCUUUCUUUCUUUCUUUCUUUCUUAGUUGCUAUUUACUUGCCUUUCUUUAUUUUCCACACCCUUUCUUUCUUUCUUUCUUUCUUUCUUUCUUUCUUUCUUUCUUUCUGUUGUUUACUUUCUACUUUCUUUCUUUCUUUCUUUCUUUCUUUCUUUCUUUCUUUUAUUUACUUUCUUUCCUUUCUUUUCCACACUUUUUCUUUCUUUCUUUCUUUCUUUCUUUCUUUCUUUCUUUCUUUCUCUUUUUUAUUUUACUCUUAUAUAUUUACUUGACUUUCUUUUCCGCAAUUAUUGCUUGUCUUUCUUUCUUUUCUUUCUUUCUUUCUUUCUUUCUUUCUUUCUUUCUUUCAAUCUUUCUUUAUAUUUACUUGCCUUUCUUUAUUUUCCACACUCUUUCUUUCUUUUUCUUUCUUUCUUUCUUCCUUUCUUUCUUUCUUCCUUUCUCAGUUGUUUACUUUCUACUUUCUUUAUCUUUUUUUAUUUUCUCUUAUAGUGUUUACUUGACUUUCUUUUCCGCAAUUAUUGUUUGUGCCUUUCUUUCUUUCUUUCUUUCUUUCUUUCUUUCUAUUUACUUUCUUUCCUUUCUUUUCCGCAGUCUUUCUUUCUUUCUUUCUUUCUUUCUAUCUUUCUUUAUCUUUUUUAUUUUCUCUUAUAGUAUUUACUUGACUUUCUUUUCUGCAAUUAUUGCUUGUCUUUCUUCUUUUCUUUCUUUCUAUCUUUCUUUCUUUCUUUCUUUCUUUCUUUCUUUCUAUUUAACUUCUAUUUCCUUCUUUUUAUUUUCAUUAAUUUUUCCUCUCUCUUUUUUCUGUGAUCGUCGUAUUUUUCAAUUGUUAGUCCUUUUCUUUUCUCUUCUUCUCUUCGUCUUUCUUGCAAUUCUAUUUUUAAUUAUUUUUCGUCCGGUGAAUUACUAUUUUUUUUUCUUUCUUUCUUUCUUUCUUUCUUUCUUUCUUCCUUUCUUUCUUUCUUUCUUUCUUUCUUUCUUUCUUUCUUUCUUUCUCAUUGUGUUUCUAUCAUUAUGUCUUAUCCUUUUCUUUCUUUCUUUCUUUCUUUCUUUCUUUCUUUCUUUCUUUCUUUCUUUGAGAUUCGCAUGUUUAUUCGCUUUUCUCUUCCUUCUUAUAUUUUCUUUGCUGUUACUUAUUUUGUUUGUUUGUUUCUUUCUUUUUUGCUUAUUUGAUUUCUUACUCUUUUUCUUCCCCCUCUCUUUUCUCUUUGCUAAUUUGCAUUUUUCACUUGAUUUUACAUUUCCAUUUUUUUAA